GCUAUCGCUGUAAAUGUUAAGCAAUUUGCUCCGCUGGCUGAGUGACGAUCGAGAAAAAACAACGGGGACAGCUGGUAUUUGCGAAAGCUCUAUUUACGGCCUCAAAAGGUCAGCGUCAACCUUGGUUGCGAGCUAAUUUCCUGGUUAUCAACAGGCGGAUCAAGUUCAUUAACACUCGAAUCCUGCACUCCAAGUGAUGGAGCUGCGCCAAAAUUACUAAAGCUAAUGCUGUUUUAUUAGGACAACGGUUGAACCACGCGAGCGUAACAAGAUGACCGCAACUAGCAUCAAAGACCUGUUUGACGACGCUCGUUGUCCAGAUGGCUGGAAAUUUGUGCCACUGUUGGUCUAUUUCCCGUUUGGGGCUAUGCUUGCCACGAUUCGGCUGAUUAUCAGUCUGCAAAUGCUGCUGGCCGCGUCCGCCUUCCAGAACGUGGCGAUAGUGAAGAAGUUCAUCCUGCGGAUGAUGUGCAACAUCCUCGGCAUUAUCAUCCGCGAGGACUUUUCUGAGCUGCGAUUCAAAACGCAGGCCUCUCCGAUCUUGGUGGCGAACCAGUCGACGCCCGUGGACAACCUGGUGUUGCACACGGCCACAGGCUGCACCACCGUUCCGAAUCCAGAGGCGCCGUCCGCGCUCAACUGGCUGCUGGGAGCGCACGACAUCAAAAUCAGCCAGGGUUUCCAGCAGCUGACUAGGAUUCUGCAGGAGUGUCCUUCGAACCAGACCUCCAUUCUGCUGCAACCCGAAGGCACCACCACCAACGGAAGGGUGGGCCUGCUCAAGUUCCAGGAGGGCUACCUGGAGGGCGUCAAGAAGGUGCAGCCGGUGGCCAUCCAGAUCUGGCGGCCGCCCACGGCCACCGUGUCGCCGUGCGUGAUCGGCACCCCUUGGUGGAUGGAAGUGCUGUGGCUGCUCUUCGUGCCCUGCACCGUGUUUUGCUUGCGCUACCUGCCCGCCAUCGUCAAAUCGGAGCGCGAGACUACUGAUGAGUUCGCCAAACGAGUACAGGGCAUCAUUGCGCGCCGGUUGGACGUCGAGGCGACCAACUUCACCGUUGGUGACAAGAAGGAGCUGGAGAAGAAGCUGGUGAUCGCGCCGGUGCGGCAGCAGGAGCAGCGGCUGGCGCAGAGGAACGCCGAGCUGCAGCGAAUGGUGGCACAGGUGCGCGAGGUGCUGCCCUACGUACCGGCCGACGUCGUGCGCAAGGACCUCAUGCGCACCAAGAGCGUCGACAUCACAAUUUCCAACAUCCUCGAGGGCCACAUCUCCUUUGUGCCAGUCAUGCCUUCCUCGCCUGUCAGGUCUACCGCCGGCGCCGAGGCCGCCAAGCCCAAGGAACAGUCCGGUGGCAGCAGCGCCGCUCCAUCUCCAGCCACCGUCGGCUCGAGCAGCUCGUUGAUCACAGCUGCCUCCACCUUUCCCAAGUCAGCGGAAGAACGCUCCAUGUCUUUCAAAGAACGCAAGACAAGACUCAUCGAGAACGCACGCAGACGGUACAUAGAGAAGCACGGACUCAAGGAAUUUGGACUGUCUGCAUCCUAAUACGUCGAGUUUUAACCAAACCGUCAUGCGAUAUUGUGUUAAUAACAUAAUUUGAUGAAAUAUCGCGAGGUCAAUUUUUAUUUAUUUUUUUCAUGACUGCUGGAAAUGACAGUCCCAGAUAUAUUUAAAACAUGAGAAGCAAUCCGUAGCUAUCUUUUUUGGAGAAUUAUCCCAAUCGACUUAUGUAUAUUUGCACACAGGAAUUUAGAGCUUCGUUUGAAUAUUAUCAAAGUUUUUAAAUAAUAAUAUUAAGGUAAUAUUCCUUUUUCUUGUUUUGUGAGGAUUGAACUUGGCUAAUGUUUACAUAGACAGUACUGUCAAACAGAAUAAAUUCCCAAAAAUAAGCAAAAAUAUAGCAAUUUAGAAA